GCAGCCUUUUUGAGUAAAUACAAAUGGUACCAACCCCACAUUUCAAAAUGAAAGCUUCUAUAUCUAGGUUUUCAAGCUGAGCAACAUGGUUCCAGUCCCACUAUACUUGGUACCAGUUCCCCACCUGUUGUCUACACAGAGCGUGGCAAGUCGACUCGUCUCAAGUGUAUCUAUCACGCUGAACCAGAGCCCAAGGUUAACUGGAUGAAGGAUGGCGUGCAGAUUCGCCAAAAUUGUGAUACAUGUAUUUCAACAGUGGAAACACAAACAGAAACACAAACAAGUUUCUUAGAAAUCACGCCGUAUGUAAAUGACGAUUUUGGGGAUUACGAAUGCCGUGUUCGUACCAAAUAUGGUUCAUCUAAAAUGAAAGUAUCUUUGAAAAUGACUGGUAAGAAAAGUAGAUAAUUAAUGACUAGAUCAUAGUAGAUGUCAUAAAUAAAUUCACUCAUUUCAGACGUUCGCAAGACAAAAUGUGAAAAAGAAAGAGUGUUAUCUGCAGAUCCACGAAAGAAACAUUCAGUUCGUCCAGUAUGUGAUGAAGAUGGAUCUUAUCACGAAGUACAAUGUUCAUUAGAGCAUGACACAUGUUGGUGUGUUAACAAAUAUGGCAAGAAAACUCUAGACGUGAUUGAUGGCGCUAAUGGUUUACGUUGUUUUGCGCCGAAAGGUAGACGUACUUCAAAAACCUUUUUGUUAUCCUCUAGUUUAUUAUUUGAAAAUCUAUUCGUCCAAGAUUCUCAUUGUUCGCGCACAGGUUGA